AUUCUAACCUCAUAAGCAAUCUGUCCUACGUACUCCAAGAAAGAAAAAAAGCUAACCCUUAACUGCAGGGCACUAUUGGUAGUUUUGUAUUUAACCAUCUGUAAGGCAUUCUCUGAUCACAACACUAUAUCUACCUCUCAACUGUGCAUGCCCUCUUCACCAAUCUCUCCUUUUCUAUCUCUCUUUGAGUUGUUUGCCUUUGCAGUGACAGAUGAAAAUGAAGGCUGCCAGAGGGACAUUUGCAAUUUUCCUUCCUCUGGCCCUGGCUUUUCUCCUGUCUUUUGCUGCUUGCACUGAGUCAAGGACGCAGGUGAAUGGAAAAAGGCUGCAGGCAGCAAUUUUUUCACGGUCCCAUGUGAAUGGAAAAAAGUUGCAGCAUGCAAAAGCACGCGAGAACAAAGCGUUGUAUUCAGAUAGAGCAACAAAGGAUUCGUCGAAUACGUGGUGCAUUGCAAAGCCUUCCAUCGAUAAUGAAAGACUUCAGCACAACGUGGAAUACAGCUGCGCACAAGCUCAUGUCAACUGUAGUAGCAUUCAGGUUGGAGGUAGCUGCUUCCAUCCAAACAAUGUAAACUCACAUGCCUCUGUUGUCAUGAACCUCUUCUACCAGACUGCCGGGAAGCACCGCUGGAACUGCCAUUUCAAUGCAACUGGUCUCAUCGUCUUUGUCAACCCAUCUUUUGGCAAUUGUCAUUAUCCAGCUUGAUUAGAGAGCUCAGGGAUAAGAAGUGAAGAAAUUCAGAACAUACUUAUGUUUCAGUCGAAUAAGUUAGAAGGUUUUCAGAGCAGUUGUUGUAAUGGAUGAGACAGACAAAGCUCGAUACUGAAUAAGUCAGAAGGUUUUAUUAAAAAAGGAUUAAUAAAAAAAAAAAAAUGUA